CAGGCGGGUGUUUCCUUAGAGGAUUCCAGUGAUCAAGACCUUGUUGCUAAGGGCGAAGGGAGAGGAGUAACAAGAAAACAGAAGGCCUUGCAAGGGCAUUGGGAGGAAGAAACAAAGGAAGGCCAAGGGGCUGAAAAGUGCCCUUUGUUAAUUCUGGAAGGCCUGAAAUCUGUCUCGGAAUGUGCUGCCACCUCAGAACCAGAGAGACUUUUUCUGGAUUUGUUGUUUUUAUGGGUGCGAUUGGGGAGGGAGGGGGGAGCCCCACGGCCCAAAGAGGCUGAGAAGGUUCUGGAACUAGCUGAGCUGAGCACAGACCUGACUGCACACAGCUCAGGUGGCUGUGAAUUUUCUGGACACUGCUGACUGAGAGGAUGGCCUUCCCAGAGAACACCCCGCUAACCCCCCACCACCGGGAUCUCUGCACCCGUUCCAUCUGGCUGGCAAGAAAAAUCCGUUCUGACUUGACUUCCCUCCUAGAGUCCUAUGUUGAGUAUCAGGGCCUGAACAAGGACGUCGACCUGGAUUCUAUGGAUGGCGUGCCCACAGCCAGCACUGACCGAUGGAGUGAGCUGACAGAAGCCGAAAGACUACAAGCAAACCUCCAUGCUUACCGUACCUUCCACGUGCUCCUCACCGAGGUCCUGGAGGACCAGAGGGCACAGUUUACCCCCACAGAAAGAGAUUUCCACCAGAACAUCCACAGAGUCCUGCUCCAAGUGGCCGCCUUUGCUUACGAGAUGGAGGAGCUAAUGGCCCUGCUGGGCCAUCAGGCCCCAUCUCAAGAGACCGACAGCGGGCCAGUGGGUGGCAGCCAUCGGACCUUCUUGGAAAAGAAGCUGUGGGGCCUGAAGGUGCUGCAGGAGCUCAUGCAGUGGACGGUCAGGUCCAUCCAUGACCUCCGUCUCAUCUCGUCUCCUGGCCAGAACAGGGUCCCAGCGCGUGGGGGCCAGCAGCUUGCCAAGGCCCAGCCGAUGUAGCUUCCCCCUUUCCUUUUCUCAUCCAUCUGCCCACAUGGCUUCAGCACUGCAAUUUUCAUCUUUCUCAUGCUCUUAACAACCUUUAUUUAUUUAAGAUGAGCCAGAGAUUCUUGGAAGAUAUUGAAGAGUGUUCCAUCUGCCUUUUAGAACCACAAGCUAAACUUGAUUCAGUGGGUGACCCCGACUCUGUGAUCUUUCACACACAGUUUCUUUACCACCUACAAAAUUAUCAGUUCACAGAGAUAAAGAAAAGCCAGAUAUCAAGAUCACUGAUCGUGACCCUUUCGCUUACCAAGUUUCCUCUUAUUUCUUGUUCAUGUAAGACAGGAGGAGACUCAUGUUAUGAAUGUAUAAUGACGUAUCUUGGGUCGAUCAAGAGACUGCAGAUGAUUGGCAACUUCUCAGCUCCGUGUCAGCACUUUCAACCUGUUGAUAAUGUAUAAGGACCUUGAGAUCUGGAGCAGCAAAGAACCUUGCUAUUACCUAGAGCAAAGAUCUACUCAUCCUUGCUAGAAAACAAAAGGAAAAGCUACAUACGCCGUUUGACCUUCAGGAAAGGACUUCCAAGUUGUCUGACUUUGUCCCUUGGAGUGAUGGAAUAACACAUUUCUAAUUUCUUAAUAAAGUAUCUCUUGCUUACAGUUAUUAAAUGCUCAGUUAAGCACAUACUACCCAAACUGACCUUUUUGAGGUGACUGAAAAUACUUAUAAACAAUAUAAUUGAGGUAUUUAAAUUUGUAAUAGAUCAUGUGAUAUUCAGAUAGAAAAGCUUAUGGAAUUCCUCCGUUAUAUUUAUGGACUGGCUCACAAGAAGACUUUCUCUUUUAUGAGGUGGGAAUGCCCAAGGACAUGAUACUGAAACAUUAAAACUCCAAUUGAUGAAUUAAAUAAGGGCAUAUUUCGAGGGGAAGAUAAAUCCUACCAGAUUAGUGAAAAAUUCUGACCUGUGGAUUGGGAAAAAUAAGUAUCAUUGUUCCAUUCAGCACAUGAGGUGCUACAAGCCCCCAAAUUCUGCUACCCCCCAGAAUGUGAGGACUAAUAACUAAAAAUGAACUGCCCUUUAUAGGCUUCUUUGCACCUUAAUUUUUAGCCCAGUUUCCCCCAAAAUUGAAUUUUUUUUCUUUAGCCUAGGAGGAUCCCUUCCUCCUUUGCUCCCCAAGGACCUGUGAGGAAUAUAGGGGUCAGAGAGUCACAAGGCAAUACCUCUUAAUCUUUUUGCAUUAGACUAAGAGAACUAAGAAGAGCCAGGCCCAAAGGCCUAUUUGUAAAAAUAACAUGAUAUUAUUGAAAGUAGGCUUUGAGUGAAUAGAAAUACUAGCAAAUAAAAUAAAAUGUGUCUUCUGGGUGCCAGUACAGGAAAAGUCUAGUAGACAUUUUAGAGUGGUUUUGUAUUGCUUGAUUGAUUUUCUCCUUGCUCCUUUCCUCCUCCUUCCACCCUCAUCACCUUCUGAGGGUAGCUGAGCAUGAUGAGAGCAGAGACAAAAGUAGUAGAUCCUUUUGAGGUGAUCAAGAAAAAUGUGAUGGAAAAAUAAGCAAGUGAUAUUGUGUCUUCUGAGUUUGAGAAAGGACAGAAAUGGUAUAUUUUGGAUAUUAACUUCCCUUGGAAAAAGUAAAGGGUUCUACUGGAUUUCUUGUGUAUUGGAGAAAUGAGAUAAGAGUUUUCACAUGUAUAGAGGUAUUCUAAAAGGUAGUGGAAUGGUUUCAGGCCCUCCUGUAACAAAGUUGAAUGCUUUACCAUCCUUAAGGAUUUGGAACAACUGAUGACUACAGCUAAGCCCAUAUCCCUGGUCUGAUUUUUGUUGGGAAACAUGAGACCUGAAAGACUCCACUUAAUUUAUUUUUUUCAAUUUUUGUUAUGUAAUGUGUUCAGUUUCACCUGUUGUUUUUCUUUGAUGUAUAGAAAAUAAAAGGUGAUGGCAAUUCCUAAUAAAAAAGAAAUGUCACCCCUACAGAAUCCAAACAAUAGUGUUUUAUUCUAGCUUGACUUUUUGUGAUAGUGG